AUGACGAGAAAUGAGACAUCCAGAGUUGCAAAUACGUCGCUGGCAUCAUUGGCCAUGGACAUCGAUCCAACAUAUCCGGGCACGAUCAUAAGAGUGGCGCUCGCUGGCGAAUCCGUUCUCAACAUAUUUUUCUUCGGACUACCGUACAUCUUUUCUCCACAUUCAACCCUGAGACGCCACUUUUUACCUGAAUCCACCACGAAUGCUGGCGCAUGGCCUUCUGCUGAAGCCUCUUCCCUUAUGCAGUGGCUCGGCACACCCAUGUUGGCCAUAACGGCCGUGAUGUUGCUUGCAAUUCCCAACAGGUCGGGAGCUAUUGAAGCAAGGCGGAUUGUGUACAUUUUGUUGGCCGUGCUAGAAGCCAUGUGGAUUGUACUUGUACUAUGGCAAGCGUGGGCUGCAGGCGAGGAUGCUAGUGGCCUGCGUUCUUCGGCAUUGAUGUAUUAUAUGGCUGUGCCAAUGACCGGAUGGCUACUUUUCAGGUCCUGGGUAUUAUUCAUGAAGCCAGACUGGAUGGGAAGAUAUCGGGCAAAGGUCAAUUAG